AUGAUAACUAAACUGAAACGGGGGAACAAGAAAGAAGAAGAGAACGGAACACUGACAUCGUAUCCGAACCAUCUUCCAGAUAGACCACGUUUCCGUGCAGCUUGUACAGUAAACAUGAGGUCGAACAUCGGAUCCAAGCCUUUGGCAGAUAUGAUGGCCCAGGAUUCUAAAUGCAGAUGGGGAAACUACUUCGGCUUUAUCAUCUUGCCUUUUCACAUGGGUUUACAAACCGAUCCAUUGGUCUAUCUAAAACUAUCCAAAUCCAUGAUGGCUCGAAAGAAGCAUUCUUAUCACGCUUUACUAGUGUAUUUUAGUAUCAAAAUCGCCAUAAAAGUGUUUGGAACUAAGGCAGCAGCAACAAUAUUGAACCGACCCGUGAAGAAUUUAACUACAUGCGUUUCAAACAUCGUUGGUCCCAUGGAGGAAAUCAGUUUCCGUGGCCAUCCUAUCACUUAUAUCGCUUUAAGCUCUUACGGACACUCACAACCGUUGUUGGUACAUUAUGUAAGUUAUGCGGGGAAGAUGAUAAUCUCGUUAGCGGUUGAUCCUACAAUCAUACCGGAUCCUCACAAGAUAUGUGAUGAUAUGGAAGUGUCACUCAAGUCAAUGAAAGCUGCUCUUUCUGAAAGAGGGUUACUUUAA